AUGUCUGACACGAAGCUCCACCUCGGUCCACUCGUCGAGAAAACUGAGGAUGUCGAGUCCGUUCAGUUGGCCGCGGGCGACCCGGACGCCGAGUUCGGUGGACCAGACGCUCGGAAGAAGCUCGAGAGAAGACUUCUCUUGAAACUGGACGCCCGAAUGUCUAUCUUGGUGAUCAUUUACAUCCUGAACUACAUUGACCGGAAUAAUGCUGCAGCUGCCCGGCUUCGAGGCUUCGAGGCCGAUCUGCACCUUCAGGGCCAACAGUUUGCGACACUGUUAUCUAUCCUCUAUGUUGGAUACAUCAUCAUGCAGGUUCCUUCGAAUAUGAUUCUGAACUAUGUCGGGAAGCCUUCCCUUCAUCUACCGUUCUGUAUGAUCGUCUGGGGCGUUAUUUCAAUAUUGACUGGUAUCACGCACAACUUUGUGGGCGCGCUUCUUACUCGUUUUUUCCUCGGCUUCAUGGAGGCAGCAUUCUUCCCCGGCGCGCUCUUCCUCAUCAGCAAAUGGUACAAGCGCAGCGAGCUCGGUCGGCGCACAGCCAUCCUCUAUUGUGGCAACAUCAUCAGCAAUGCAUUCGGCUCCCUCAUCGCUUCGGGUAUCCUAGACACCAUGGAAGGCAAGCUGGGGGAUGCGGCCUGGCGCUGGCUGUUCUACAUCGAAGGAUCCCUGACUGUUUUCUUCGCCAUCUGCGCGAUCUUCAUCUUACCUGACUUCCCUGCCACGGAGAAGGGCCGGUGGCUAAGCCCAAUCGAGAAGCAGCUGGCCUUGCGGCGGAUGGAAGAAGACGCGGGUGUCGGCGAUGAACAAGAAACGGAGAUAGGCCAUCAUGGGACCGGGCUGUGGAUGGCGGUGACGGACUGGAAAGUCUGGUGGAUGGCGUUCGCUAUGCUGAGCCAAGUCGUUUGCUUGAGCUUCAACUCGUAUUUCCCCACCCUCAGUGCCACCUUGGGAUAUAACCGUACAGUGUCGCUAUUGUUAUGCGCCCCGCCGUUCAUUUUGGCCGCUAUAUUGGCGUACGUCAACUCACGUCAUUCUGACUUGACGCAGGAACGGUUCUACCACAUGACAAUCUCCUGGGCGAUAGGCAUCGUAGGCUUCAUCAUCUCCAUCUGUACCAUGAACACCGCGGCUCGGUACAUCUCAUUGUUUCUGAUGGCGCAACAAUACGCCGGCUUCGUGGUCAUGUACACAUGGGUCAGCAACUCAUUCCCUCGUCCACCGUCUAAACGUGCAGUGGCUGUUGCGCUUGUCAAUGCUUUCUCGCAGCUCGGAAACGUUGCUGGAUCAUAUGUGUGGCCGAGCAGCUGGGGACCCACCUACAGGAACUCCUAUGCUAUUUGUAUCGCCACUUGCGGAUGCGCCAUCGUGAUGAGCUAUAUAUUCAAGCUUCAUCUGGAGUCGCUCAAUCGACAGAUGGACAAGGAAGAACGAGAGAAGGGGAUUACGGAGAAGGGCUUCCGAUACUUGAUAUGA